AAGUGAGAAAUUGCACAUGUAAUUUCAGAAAUCUAUUCUCAGGGACCGGAAAACUGGCGAUUUUCAAAGCAUCUGCAUUUUUGCAUACUUACCAAAAUGGCCACUCUCACAACUACUUUGCUGGGCUUUCAACUGCAUUAUCAAAUAGUCAAUAUGGAAUUGACUACCGUCUCRCUUCUUUGCGCAAUUUAAUUUCAUGGAAUUUCUACACUUUUUUCUUUCUUUUUUUUUAUACUUUUCCACGUUGCCUCGAGUACUUCCAUAUACAAAUCUGACCUUUCAGAUCAAAUUUMUUGCUUGGGCUGCCUGUGAUCUGAACCACAAGUCUUUGCGCCCGCCAUUAUCGAGCAAGUGACGUCAUAAUCAAUUAGUUUGAUGUCAUCAGUUGUAUUUCGUCUCGUAGUACAGCACGAAGGGUUUCUUUGAAGCUCUUUAAAAAUUGACUAAAAUGUCAGCUAGAAAAGUAUUUAYAGUUAGUUUUAUCGUCGCGAUGAUAAUUCUUGUCAAUAUUCCUGCUUCAGAUGACAAUCUUCAAAUAAAACCACAAGAAAACUCUACUAAAACAAGUGAUCAAGUACCAAUGARUGGCAGCUAUUUUCUGAGUAACUACAUCUUGCGCCCUGUUGAUUUGACCGUCAAGACAGUUUCUGCAUUGACUUUGAUUCCUCAACAACGAGUCGUYUGUUUGACCCUUGCUGUUUCAAGCUACAAAUUCUUGCUUCCACAAGAACUGCCGACAACCAAGGAAAAAGCGAUUACAGCAGUGUUUUGGGUGCUGGUCGACUCUCUAGAGGUUCCUGUAGUAGCUGAUUACACUGGAGAAAUAAAAGAGUUUGGAGACAUGAUGGGUAGAAUUGCUUUCCUGCCUGUCAGGAUACUUGGUGGAAUCGUGUCAGCCGUAACUGAUAGUUUCCCUUGGUCUAGUCUUCGUAGAGUAGCUGACAUGCUGACAUCAUGGACUGCCGACAGGGUAAUGCAGGUCAUCAACUAUUUGAUUGACUUGUCACGACCUUUCUUUGCUCAGGACAAUCUUAUCUACCAAAAUGAAGGUAUUGAGCCUGGGUACACAGUUCAUGCAUCUUGGUCGACAAGCAAUGAAGUCAUCCAUAAACAGAACAGCACAGCUCAGAAAACCUCUUCUUUACCGAUUCAGACAUCAUCAGUCAGGGGAUUCAUCCACGACCAUAUUUUGCGUCCAGUURAAUUAACCGUCAAGACAGUUUCUGCACUGACUAUGAUUCCUCAACAACGCAUCKUCUGCUUGACCCUCGCUGUUACAAGCUACAAAUUCUUACUUCCACAAGAACUCACCGCCAAGGAAGAAGUGAUCACAGCAGUGUUUUGGGUGCUGGUCGACUCUCUAGAGGUUCCCGUAGUAGCUGAAUACACAGAGGAAGUGAAAGAGUUURGAGGKAUGAUGGGUAGAAUUGCUUACCUCCCUGUAAGGAUACUUGGCAGAAUCGUAUCRUUGACAGCUGAAAGUGCAUGGAGUGCRUUGUCKUGUUUGGUUGACGCGASUUGCAACACAACAGUCGAGUUGAUUGUCCGGCCGGUUUACAACUCAAUGGUCGAGUKGAUUGUCCGGCCGGUUUACAACUCAAUGGUYGAGUGGAUUGUCCGACCAGUUUACAUCUCAAUAAUCGAACUUCUUACGCAGUCUUUAAAUWUGGUGAUGGUUGUUCAUAGCUGGUGUUGGCCAGUCAUUUCCAGGAGUUACAACUAUUUGUUAUUCCCUCUGUUUGUCCAGAACGACGAGCGUCAGUCCAGCUAUGUAUAUUAUAUAUUGUAUGCCGUCAAUACCAUACUACAUGCCGCUUACUCCRUGAUCACACUGCUUCUWCUUGAUCCUAUAAGUACCCUWGUSURCUACAGCUGGACAGACAUGUCGUUCAACUACACCAUUGGUUAUUGGAUCAACAGUGUUAAGCACAUGGCUUGGUACRUCGUUAUUUACAACUGGGAACUCACUUCAAUCGUCAGUUUGAUUUGCCUGUGGAUAUGGUGGAUCAUCAACGUGAUUAUGCGCAAGAGAAAGAGGAGAGGAAUACCAACACAGCUUCGAAAAUUACUAAAAAGACGCGACUUUCGACUAUAGAGGAUAGWCUUUUACUGAAAUGUGUCAGUUACUUUUGUAUAAAAUCUGAUGAUAGAAAUUUGCAUUUGCCCAGUUCGUCUAGCAAUAUAUGCAUUUAUUGUUAAUAAAAAGUUAUGGCCACUCGA